AUAGUUAGUGGGAUUUUUUUAAUUAAAAUAUUACUAAGUAUGUGACUUUUGUUAUUAGCAAUUUACAAAUCAAUUUAUAAUUCACUGUCAAAUACGGUGAAAUAAAUAUAUAUUAAUCAACUCGUGAAAUUGAACUUGAAAAUAAUUUGUGAUACAUAUUUCAAGUAUGUCAUCGAAAUCUGAAGUUACAUUAGAACAUUUUUACAUUUUUAACAGCACUUACGCAAAAAGAGAAGGAGAGGAGAAAAACAAAAUCUUGUAUUAUUAUCCAUCAAAAACAGACAUCGACAGUCAAAUAAAAAAUAUUGGUCUCAGCGAAGCAAUAAUAAAAUUUACUGAGUCAUUUAAUCCAGGACAGACGUGUGAUUAUUGUCACACUCAUAAGACUCGUCAAAUUUAUUACCAGCCAGAACUCAAUUUUUGGUUUGUUAUGAUUGUUGGAGUUCCAUAUGUGACCAAAGAAAAAGAUGGCAAUGAAUACCCAGAGUAUCAAAAUGAUCAGGUGUCAAAUGCCGUUUGUCAAGCAAUUCUAAAACAAAUGUACACAAUUUUUCGUCUGUUUAUGGGUUCAUUUGAAACUAUUCUUAAUGAACCUGAUGCUGGAUCUGUAACUCUACUCAAGCAUAAAUUAGAUCAUUUUUAUUCGCGAUAUCUGUUAUCAAUUAAAUUAAGCAACAGUGAUAUUUUGGAUAUCUUUCAAGGCUUGCAGUUUUUACCUUUGGAUAAACUUACAUUUCUACGUGUUCAGAGUUUUAUGAAUCUUGUAGAAGCAACUUAUCCUCAAGUAAAAUACACUGCAUUUCUAUACAAUGAUCAAGUAGUAUGGAGUGGUUUGGAACCUGAAGAUAUGCAAGUUGUUUAUAACUACUUAAUCAGUACACUAUUACCGGCACAUUUAGAAAAAGAAUCAGAUGGUGGCUCUGUACCUCGAAACGCAUCAUCGCCAUUUACUUCUUUUCAUUAUGGAAAAUUCGUUACUGGUCCCUCAAGUAGUAAUGAUUUCAAAAAAUUGCCUCAAGUAUUCAUAAAUUAUUCAACAAAACCUACAAGUCUAUAUUUAAUAGUUUACCGUGCACUGAGUGCCACAGUAUGUUUAUUUGUUGACAACACAAACACGCCUUAUUUAAGUUUGGACAAUUUUCUCGGUGUUCGAUUGACACCACUAGUAAAUGCAAUAGCAGAACAAUGCACCAAACAGGUGUCUUCUACAGAUUCUAGUGCCAAGUAUCUGUACUUUAACAAAUUAAAUUUGGCUUACAAGAGCACAAUACAUGGUGACAAUAAACGUUUUUCAAACGCUGUAACUACUCCAGAAGUUUUGAGGAUCAUAACUGAUAUAUACAGUGAUACCAGCAGAUUAAAAGAAGCUGGUGAAAUCGUUAUAAAGACUAUGAGUGAUUAUUGGAUUGUAGCGAAGCUAUCCAACCUACGAGAAUUCUUCGUUAUUUUGCAACAAAAAAACGCUAGUAUCAUUGAAAUUGAUGACGAAGUUAAAAGAUUGUGUGAGCAACAACUGAGAAACAUUUUUUUCCACUAAAUCGAGGCAGUAGAGAAACAAAGCUCUCUAUUGUAAAACAACAACAGAUUUUUAGAUCGUCAUUCCUCAACCAA